ACAAACAGGAUAUACAUUGACACAGAAUAACAGAGGACAAGUGGGUUCCCUUUAUUUUCCAAACAGCUAAUAUCCCACUCUUAAAUUUGGCCGCUUUACGCCCAGUGGUUCCUUUCGCAGCAGGCGUCAGUGGGAAAUCUGCACAAGUAUCUGCUCAUGCGAACAGACUCCCACAAAUACCUUUACAGCUGACAACGCCUUCUUCCUGCGUCAGCCUGCCUGUCCCGUCCCGAAACCCGUCACAGGGAAAACUCACCUGGUCCGUGGAGGUGUCAAUGGAGAAGACACCCCCAAAACCCGAGGACUUAUCGCCCAUAAAACAACGUCAAGUUAAGCGCAUUUGACGGAAUCGCUAAGGUGGCUGGUCUUGGAUGUUGACGGUGCCACAGUUUUACGCGCAAGAUAGUUCCGGGUUCAAACUCUCCCCAAGGCGACGAGAUACCAGUGGAAUAACUUAUGUUGCUUUGGGAAACUAACCAUGGCAAAUACAUUUAUCGUUGACAUCGAAAUGGUAAGUGUGCCGAAUGGAAACGACGCAGCACCGCGCGUAAAUGGACAGGAUUGUAUAGAUGGUCCUCCAGGAAGAACGGAAGAAUCAGAAACGCUGCUAGAGAAUGUUGGCACCGGUAAUGGAAAUGCAGUGGGAAUCAAUGGGCCUGAUCCUGAUCCUGAAGCUCAAAGAAUCCCAAACAAUCAAAAGGAAAGUGUUGCAUGCAAGAUAAAAAAAGAGCUACGUGAAAAAGUUUGCAAAGUUUGUCCACUGUGGCUGGUCCUCAUCCUCAUUUUAGUCACUGUCAUUUGCUUAGUUUUUAUAUCACUGGCCGUGUGCAGAGCCCUGUAUGAAGACAUUGAUGAUAAAUAUGAUCCCACGCAGUUUGGUAUGUGCAGAGACUUCAGUGGGAGUGUCCAGCUGCCCAAUUUCAAUUCCUCAGAAGAGCUUCCAAACCUGACGUCCGAUGGGAGUCAGUCGCUCACCAGGGAACUGGAAAAUAAGCUGAACGUCCUGUACAGAGACUCUCCCGCCCUGGGAAGAUACUUCAUAAAGAGCCAAAUAUACGAGUUCAGCGAUGGCCCGGUCACUGCUCUGUUCCGCCUGAUGUUCCGGAUGCCUGAGGAGGAGGAGGGGGGUCAGCUAGAGCACUUCACUCUGAGCAAAGAGAUGGUAUACAACGUGCUCCGACAGUUUCUAUAUGACCAGGAACUAGACCCAUCCGACCACAUGUACAUAGAGACCACUUCUCUAAACAUAUCUAGUGUGGUUACAAACAAAAAAUGCUCAAACUCUAUCCUAAUUUAAACAGUCCUUGCAUCAGACCCUGAAAGACGUAACUGGUUUACAUUUGAAAAUAUGAAAACAAGUCCAAUGCAGUAUCUCCAAGCUCUAAGCUGUUAGACUAGAGGAUCUUUUUCCUUCGAUGAGCCACUAUUAGAAAAUAAAAAUACCACAGCUACAAAUUUCAGUGUUUAGAGUAAAUAUAAGAGCCAUUUAAGCCUUAGAUAAAGUACAGGUAGAUGCCUAUAAAACAUAAACCUUCAGCCAUUUUUAGUGCACAAAAUUAGGCAUCAAAUUUAUACAUUUACAAUGGUAAUUAAUCUUACUGUUUGUCAAUUUUUUUUAGGUUAGGAGCCAAAAUUCCUCUAACAUACACAAAUACAAUUAUAAGAAACACCUUUAUUUUACUGAAAUAAUGUUAAAAGUAUCACAGACAUUUUCUUGCGUUUAAUUGUGUCAUACUUUUGGAUUAAAUUCUCCCUAGUUGGCAUCAUCGAAUGGAAAUAUCUAAAAUAGAACUCUCCACUUCCUCUUCACUUCAUUUUCAACAUAGUUUCUCAACUUUUCUUCGCAAAUUGCUUCUUGAUUCAUGUAAAACUAUAACUUACUGUGUAUUUACAACAGGUAUUAUUCUGCCAAAUUAAGUAGAAGUUAUAGAAUACGCAGUUUACGAGAAUAGCAGAAAUGUAACUUGACGUUGGUGUGAAUCAUACUCCACAGAACGAUGCGCUUAUUGACAGUUAUUUCUUCAUGCUCUCUCUGCUGAAACAAAGGAGAAAAAAUCAUUGUAUAUGGAGUUCCUCAUUUUAUUUUUAGCUAUUGCUGCCCCAUAAUAAUGAAUUCAAGCAGACAGACUUGUAAUUCAGUAUACUGUGAUGGCCCACAAUACCACUGUGAGAACUUUGAUACAAUACUUUGAUUAUUGUUACAGCCCUACCAUUUACAUUACAUUUAUAACUACAGUUCAGGUUAAAGUGCAAAUUUAACAGUGUAACAGACUUGUAAACAUGUAUUUUAUUUAAAUUUUUUUUGUAAAUAUUCCAAACAUUGCGACCAAAUUGUCAAACUUUGGCAUUGGGUCCAAACAUUUGGUAUAUUAUUCUUCUAAAUUAAAUUGGUGCACUGUGUAACUUUUUGGUUUGUGCACUGUGGAACUUUCUGGAAUGUUUCUAUCGUCAUGGAGACCAAACCAGACCAAGUUACAGGUCAGAUCUGUGGAGAGGCGACCCUGCUCACAGUCUGUAUCCCUGUUUUUCUAACGAUUUUUGAGCUAUAAAACCACCUGUAAUUGAAUAAAUAUGAGGCAAAACAGUUUAAUAUCACACUGUGGAACAUUCCCGACAAAGCAGCGACGUAUCCAUAGAAACAAGUAGGUGACGGACCCUCCACCACCACCAGAAAAGUUACGCAAUACACCUUUAUUUACGUUUGAAUCCAAUAUCAGUAUACUUAUACAUUUAUUCAAUUACAUGUGGUUUUAUAGCUCAGAAAUACAUGAAAAAACCUGUAACUUGGUUCAGUUUGGUCUCCAUGAUGAUAGAAAAGUUUAAAACCAUACUGUGAAACAUUUCAGACAAAGCAAUAACAUCUCCAUGAAAGUAAGAAAAUUAUUUCCACCAGAAAAGUUACACAAUGCACCUUUAAAUUUUGAACCAUAAACCAGGUCAUUUUUUUUAUCUACCACCUAAAUCUGAAACUAAACACUAACCUAUAUUCUAUUCAUUAUAAUUUGUAAAGCUGAUAAUGUGAUGCUGCUCCUAGAACGUUAUUGUCAUGUUUUUGUAUCAGUUUGUGGUAUCAAUUUGUAAAGUUGCCAUUUGAGGAUUACAGAGGAAGUGUAAUGGUGUUUCUCGCUGCAUACACCUGACUGGUUGGUGUCAGGUUAUCAUGUGGGAACAGGCUCCAGUGCAUGUUAGCAACAGACCACAGACAGGUCACAGGCCAGUCACUGGAUCUGUCUGCACUAACCACAAAGACAUUACACAAUAGUGUGUGUGUAUGUGCAUUUAUGGCCCACAGCCUCUGGGAAGUUUACCAUGAAGCGAAAGAAAUCCGGUAGUGCCAAGUGUUGUAUGUGUUGUAAGUAAGUGUUCUAAUGUAUUCAUAAUCAAAAUGAAAGCACAUGUAUAAAAAUGUAUUUAUUUUUGCUGGUGAAAUUAUUCUGUGCAUUCAAAGGGGCUUUAGCAUUUGUAUAUAUAUAUAUAUAUAUUCCAAAAAUGAGAGAAAUCACAAUGUUUUAUUUUCAUAAUUAACACUGUAUAUUUUUAUAUGAAUGUGAAUGCUGUUCUCAUGGCAGGAUGAGUUUACAUGAAAACUUUUUAUAAUGUGUCAUUACCAUGUGGACAUCUGUGCAGUUAAGUCCAAUUAAUUCCUGGACAGAUAUAUAUUUUAAAAAAAGACUUUAAAGGGAAAUGGAUCAUUCGUGUUCGUGAACAACUGUUAUGACAAUUGUGCCAACUUUUUAUAUUCUUUUUUUUUACAUAAAGCUUUUUUGUUUAACAGUC